CAGCUCAGAGAUCCUCUUCCUCGUAUUCUCCUUCCCGCUUCUCUUCAUAUCUCGCCGCGCUCAAGGCUAAACCAGUCCAGGAAUCGCCGCCACGUUAUGCGUUCACCACGCUCCCCUGCGCCCGCCGCGGCGCUGCUCGCGCUCGCAUUGGCCGCCGCCGCGGCCGCGGCCCGCGACUUCCACUCCAUCGUCGCGGCGCCGCUGGAGCGGCCGGACGAGGAGGUGCGGCGGCUGUACGAGGCGUGGAAGCUGGAGCAGGGGCGGCCGCGGGGCAACUGCGACCUGAGCGAGGUCUGCGAGGACCGGCUGCGGCUGGAGGUGUUCCGCGAGAACCUCCGGUACGUGGACGCGCACAACGCGGAGGCGGACGUGGGGCUCCACGGCUUCCGCCUCGGCCUCACCCCCUUCGCCGACCUCACCCUGGAGGAGUACCGCGGCCGCGUCCUCGGCUUCCGCGGCCGCCUCAACGCCACGUCGGCCCGGGUCGGGAGCACCCGCUACCUGCCCCGCGCUGGCGAGCAGCUCCCCGACGCCAUAGACUGGCGCCAGCUCGGCGCCGUCACCGGCGUCAAGGACCAAGGCCAAUGCGGUGGGUGCUGGGCGUUCUCGGCAGUGGCAGCAAUGGAGGGGAUCAACGAGAUCGUGACGGGCAGCCUCGUCUCCCUGUCGGAGCAGGAGCUGAUUGACUGCGACACCCUGGACCAUGGCUGCAGCGGCGGAUUCAUGGACAACGCUUUCCAGUUCGUGAUCAGCAAUGGCGGGAUCGACACCGAGGACGACUAUCCCUACACCGCAACUGACGGGACUUGUGAUGUUAAUCGGGAAAACACAAAGGUUGUGUCCAUAGAUUCAUACGAGGAUGUGCCAAAAAACAACGAGCAAGCAUUGCAGAUAGCUGUGGCGAACCAGCCUGUUAGCGUCGCCAUUGAUGCAUACAGCAGCGCAUUCCAGCUCUAUAGUUCGGGCAUCUUCAACGGCAAGUGCGGGACGGCCCUGGACCACGGCGUGACGGCGGUGGGCUACGGCAGCGAGAACGGCAAGGACUACUGGAUCGUGAAGAACUCGUGGGGCACGGGCUGGGGCGAGGCCGGCUACAUCCGCAUGGCGCGCAACGUGCGCUCGCACCACGGCGAGUGCGGCAUCGCCAUGAACCCGUCGUACCCGGUGAAGGUGGGCCCCAAUCCGGCCAGGGCGAAGAUGACGGUGCUGGAGAUGGUUCUUGCUUAGGCUAGCCGCCGGCCGACGGCCUGCCCCUUGCUGAGGACUAAGAAGUUGCUCGUCUUUACACUUGUGUUACUGUUCUGUGCUUGGUGUACGAUGCUCUAGCCCUACUUACGUAGUUACGUGUGUGUGUACCACCGGAAAUAAGUUACAAAUAAACUUAUGUACGUGUAAUAAACCCUCAUAUAAAUAAACUUACUUAUGUAAUAAGUACUCUUUUUGAGGGAUAGUGUAAUAAAUACUUCUGCAAAGAAGUCGUUUAA